AUGGCUUUCAGGGCAACAAACCAGUUGAGACCAGUGCUGAAAGCAAUGGGAUCACAAAGCCGCUCAUUUGCAUCCUCUGCAACAAGAAAAUACGCAACCGCAGCAACAGAUGCAGCCAUGCAUGUUCAUGAACACAUGCACCAGGCAAAGUCCAAGUUCCCGGCCAAUGGGGAUUGGGCACCGGUCAUGAUCAUGGGCGGUUUUCUUGUAACCGUGGUCACCUUGGCCACUCACAGUGCUUGGCAGCAACUAGCAUAUUCCCCAACUGUUCAGCUAAGCAAGAAGAAGAGAGAAACUGUUCCCGAAGUGUACCAGCCAGAUGCUGUUCUGGGUUCAGCUGACAAGUUCAUUAACAAGUCUUUUCUUCGAAAAGUUGCUCACAUUCAGGACCAUAAACGCACCCUUGACGACCCUUCUCGCCCGAACCCCUUCACUCAUCCAAGGGGCAUUGAGUCACUGAAAUCGGUUGGAGUUCGCGAAUAAAGCUCCUUCUUUAUAAACUUCUGCAGAUUAACUCGUUUAAGAUUUAACAAGGACUCCAUGCGUGGGUAGUGUAUAUGAUCUAGGAUCAUGUUUUGAUUUAUGUUCCUUUCGUAUUCUGGAAUAUUUUCGCUGUAGGAAUAAUUGUGAAUUAUCCUCCCUCCUUGCUCGGGUUCCCUCUG